UGCCAAUUUGAAACACUGCAUACAUAUGCCAACCAGCGCUUUCCCUGAAGUCAGCGAGCUCGCCUUCGACGCUCAUCCAAUAUGGGAAACAAUUAUAUCUUCUCCCUCACUCCCACUUUUACUCAGGGCCUCGUCUUAGGUCAACUUUCAAUAUUGGUUCUCCUCGCCCUUGUCCUCAAAUACCUCUUUUUCAUCCCGCCCGAAAGUGAAACGGAAACUAUCCCAUUCCACCCUCUGUCAAAAACAGACCCUUCGUGGCAUCAGGAUGUGGAGGAGGAUACAGACAGUGCUCAAGAGAAAGAGUCAGCCCAUUGGUUCAAUAUACUCGCAAGGCAGGUCGUGGAGGUGUACAGAGCUAAGCUUCAGGACAACAUGACUGGAUAUGAUGGAAUCGAGGUCGCCCGUCGGAAAAUCGAGGAUCAUGCGAAUGAAAUACGUCCCCGCGGGUUUCUGGACCAUAUCACAGUGCAUUCCGUGGACCUAGGAAUAUCCGCCCCCAAGUUGUCCAAUGCACGGGUCAUGAAUAACAACGCUGGGGACCCCUCCCUACCGACGAUUGAAUUUGACAUGUCAUAUUCGGACACCAUUUCCAUCUCAUUAUCCACGUCCUAUUUAUUCAACUACCCCAUGUCUUCGUUUGCCCGGCUCCCUGUUUCACUCACAAUAUCAUUAUCUCUCUUCGAAUCAAAAGUUACCUUGGUUCCGCCAUCCCCUGCAUCAGCAGCCCCCGUUUUGACCAUAUCAUUGCCGCAAGACUUUAUUCUUAAUCUGAAGACAACAUCGCUCAUGGGCAGUCGAGCUAUGCUCAGGGACGUGCCCAAACUUCAUGAGUUGAUUGAAUGUCAGGUCAGGAGAGUGCUCGCCCUCCGAGGAACAUGGAAAGUCGUCCUUCCUGGUGUAGGAAGCUUAGCUACCGCUCAACAUGAAGUGGAAAAAGAACAGGCUGCUUGCAAUGAGCAGGACUGAUGGCGGAGGGGACAUUUCUCCGUGCUACUCUACAACGCGUAAUCAUUCCACUCGUUCGUACGUUAUAGAUCACUGUCAACUGUACUUAUACCAACAACUCAAGUUAUAAUUGCCGAUAUAAACUCAAGGGUGUGCUAGGC